AUGAUCGAAGAAAAUGUCCCCCUGCUGGGCGGGCCGCUGAAGAUCACACGAUGGUUGCCGCUCUACUGGCUCUGUGCAGUGACUUUUUGUCUGUCUGUCGCAGGGGCCAUGCUCAAUGUACCCCUCACGCGCCUGAUUGAGGCCAAUCUCUGCAGUCGGUAUGCUGCCGAUGGCAUUCCAACCGAAGAGAGCUGUAAAUCAGAUCGUAUCCAGUCGAAACUGGCUUAUCUCAACGGAUGUCUGCCAAUGGUCGAGGCAAUUGUUGGUUUAAUUGUCGCUUUUCCAUUUGGUGCUUUGGCGGACAGAGUCGGUCGGAAACCUAUCAUUAUUCUGUCGAUGAUUGGAACCUCCCUCUCCCUGAUUUGGGAGUUGACGAUUAUUGGACUACCGAGCAUCAUUCGAGUUGAAUCCAUUCUCAUCGGUCCACUCUUUGUCGUAGUCGGUGGUGGAAAUGGGGUGCUGGUUGCGAAUUUGUACUCGAUCGCUUCGGAUUUGGUGUCCCAGACAGACCGAGCAUCUGCGUUCUUCUUCAUGACGUUCGCUAGUCUUGUCGGUAGUUCUGUAGGACCGGCUGCCUCAUCGGCCUUAAUGGAAGGAUUCUCGCCUUGGGUGGCAGCCAUCACAGGUUUUGCCACCAAUCUGGCUUCGCUAGUCCCGCUCAUCUUUGUACCUGAGACAUUGUCGCUCGAGCAAAAUUACCAAAGCGGGCAAGAAUCGGACGUGUCGGACGAGGAAGACCGCAGUCUCCGAUCGCACUUGUCCAAGUCACUACAGCUCCUGAAGGCAUCUGUCGCAUCGUUGAAAUCGCUUUCUGUGGUUCUUGUCCUGGCAACUUUUCUCACAGCUGCUCCAGGGGCCCUGGCUACCUCUCAACUUCUCGCACAGUAUGUCAGCAAGCGCUUUGAAUGGCCACUUGCCAGGACUGGCUAUCUAUUGACCCUACGCGGUAUCAUUCACAUGGGGGUCCUGCUUGUCUUUUUACCUCUUCUAUCGAAACUGCUGCUACGAUUUCAAUCCGGAUCUGUCAAAGACUUGACGCUCGCCCGGGCCUCACUUGUUGUGGCUGUUCUUGGAGCUCUCUGUAUGGCAGCACCACAGAUUGGAAUGGUCAUUUUUGGACUAGCGAUUCAGAGCCUCGGAGCUGGUCUCACCCCUCUCUGUCGGUCGCUGGCAACAAACUACUUCGCACCCCAGGACACGGCCAAAUUGAACUCGGUGAUUGGCAUUGUCGAAACAACGGGGUCGUUGUUUGCGGGACCGCUGUUGGCAUGGUUAUUUGACACGGGGAUGAAGCUGGGAGGCCUGUCGCUUGGGUUGCCGUAUUUCGGCCUAGCAGGAUCAUUUGCAUUGUGCCUAUUCGGUCUACUCUUUGUUCAUCUCCCUGCCGAUAAGGAUGAUAUUGAAGAGUAA